GACACGACGUCGUCGCUCGUUGAAUUACUGCGCUUUUUCCUAAAACCCUACAAGAACAAGAACCCCUGAGAAUUAAAUUCUGGAGCACCUCCAUCACCACCACGUCCAAGAGCCCUGAUACUGGCUGAUUCCGAGCCGAGACCAGGGGAAAAAUUUACGACGAUGAAAAACAAGAAAAGAAAGCAUAUGCAUGCCCACCAAAAAGAAGAAGAAGAAGAAGAACAUCAGGGUCCUUCUAAAAGCUCCAGAGUUGACUCCUCUCAAGGAACAUAUGAAAAGCAAAAAACAGAGGCAGAAGAUGGGAAACUACUGUUUAAUUUAGAAGAGGUGUCUCCAUGGAGGAAUUUACAGUUGAUUUUGUUGCUUCAGAAUAAACACAUUGAUCUUCCCACGAAGCUGGAGGUGGCUUGUAAGUAUGUGCUGUUAAGAACAUCUAUAAGAGAAGAUGGUGACGACAGCCUUGAAAUUUUGGAUGCAGUUAGUAUGUCAAGAGUAGUAGUUUUUGUUAGCAACUGGAUUGAGUCAGUUUUGAUUUCUUCAGUUAAAAAAACUCCAGAUAAAGGAUCUGAGGGUCACCCAGAAACUGUUGGCUUCUGUUUAGAUUACAGAUGCUGGGUGAUUCUGAAAUUCUGUUUGGAGGAGUCUCUAAAAGUUAAUGUAUCAUUGAACUAUUCAAGAGACUUUCUACGGGUAAUUGAUUGCAUCUCACGGGAUGCAUUGGCAUGUUUCAGUCUUGAGUUAAUAGAUUCCAAGGAGUCAGCUUUGAGCAGUGAAGGCAAUGAAUUGCAAGAAACUGUGCUCAGUUGCAUUUCAUUCAUAUUUUCAUCCCAUAAUGGGGUUGCAAAUGCAAAUUUGGACUUGUGGAUUAUGGUAACUGAUACAGUGCUUGAAAUUGUCAGAAAAGUUUUCAGUAACAAAGUUGCUGACAGCAAGGCGGGUAUCUUCAUCCUUCAAUUCUCAUGCUAUCUGCUUGAGCCAUUUGCUAAGUUUUUGAGAGUCCAUCCAGCUCGUAAGAAUGGUUUUCAUGAUUUUAUUGAUCGGCUUCUCGAGCCACUGAUGCAUCUAUUGGAUGAGUUACGUCUUUCUACAUGCAAGGAUCUAGGAUGGAGUAAAAACCUACUAAAAUUAGUUGAAGAAAUUUCAUCUCAGGGGUUAUUUCACGCAGCUCAUAUUGAUGGAUUUUUGAGCUUGCAGAGCACAGGCAAGUAUAAAAAAUCUGAUGACGGGAAAUCAAAGGAAAGAAUAUUUUUUAUUAAAAGUUAUCAUAGAAAACUAUUUGACAAGUUGGAGAAGAUCAUAGCCUGCAAAAAUUCAUUGCCAUUAGGUGGCGUGGGAGCACUAUUUCACUUGUUUGUUGUGUGUGCCACAAAGCAAAAAGGAGUUUCAAGUGUCAAUAAAGUUUCCAGGCAACUGGAAGAUUCUGCUGGUCAUAUUUCUGAAAGGUCUUCUGGUAGCAGUAAUGUGGCUUUACAAACACAGAAUUGUUCAGGUUCUGUGAGUGCAGUAACACGGAAGUCUCUUUUUGAUUUCUUUGUCCAAAUUAUGGAAUCUUUUCUAUCGCAUAUUACAAUGCAUCUUCAAGCUGAAUGGAAUGUAGGAACCCCCUUGUCAGAUGUUCUGUGUGUGUUGAUAUCAGCAAACAAGUUGCUUGCCAGUUUUAAGCAGGAAAAUAUAUACACACGAUUGGAGGAUAUUUCUGAAGGGGCAUGCAUGAAUUUCCUGAGAUUCAUUUAUGAGACCAUUAUGUUGUUGUCUGUCAAGAUUAAACAUCUGAUGUCAUCAUUUGGUUCAAAUGUUAGAAAUCAGGAGGUCCUGAUUCUAAUGGCAAAGGAGAUAGUUGUUGCUGUGCAUCUCUUAGUGGAAAUUGAAUAUGAGGUUGUUGGGGAUGAUCUAGAAAACUUAUGGGGGAUAAUGUUCACAUUUGCAUCCUCCAGCCAGUCUAUGGUUGAUGUGCCGGAUAAGCACCUAUUAAUCUCGGAGAUACAUAUUCUUGGAUGUGCCCUAAUCAAUCUUUACAGUGAACUUCGGCAGGUUAAUACCUCAGUGUUUGCUCUCUGUAAAGCAGCAAGGCAUUUGGAAUCAGCUCAUAAAGACGGUGAAGCAUGCACUUCAGAAUCUUAUUGUUCUUGCUCAAUGUCAUUGAGUACAUUGCUAUGCUCGCUGGAGUUUAGACUUUCCAUCUACAACGGUUUCAAGUCCAUUCCAGAAGGCCAAGUGAGUGGAUGUAUUCGACUAUUAACUGCAGAAAUUUCUGAAUCCCUGAAGUGGUUGAAUGCUCAACUUCAGCUUGGUCCUGCAGAUGAUUUAUCAAAGCCAGGUUGUACUGAUGGUGGUUUCUCAUGGUUUGAUUUGAAGGCAGAACUUUUGGGAAGAUUUUUGUCUGAAAUAUAUACUUUAAUUCUAGAUUCCAUGACUGUCACUUCUGGUAAUUGUAAUGCUGUUGGUAGUUCCAUCAAGGAUUUGAUGGAACUUAUGUGCCACAGCUCAAAUAGCCAAGAUUUACUUAAGCCAGAUAUCAUGGAUAAGUUUUUCUCCCUUGUUUCUGGACAAAGUUCCAGCUGGGGGGUUGGAUUAGAAAAUGAUUCCUUGUCAUGCUGGCUCUUAGUGUUCUUUUUCCGUCUAUAUUUAUCCUGCAGAAGCUUAUAUCGACGAGUGAUCAGCCAUGUACCACCACAUACAUCCAAAAAAAUGUCAGAAACAAUGGGUGACCCUUAUGCAGCUUACUCUGGGAAGGAUUGGUUGGAUGGCAUUGUUCAGAAUGCUGAAGGCUACUUUUCUUGGAUCAUCCAACCAUCAGCUAAUCUUCUUACCAUAAUAAACAAUGUUUCAAGGAUGUAUUUUCAAGAUACUCUGGCUGGUUGCCCGCCUUUAGUCUAUGUUUUAAAUGCCAUGACUAUUCAGAGACUUGUUGAUUUAAACAGGAUGACAAAAUCCUUUGAAUAUUUGCUUGCAAGAAAUGAUAAGUUAAUUGCGGCAGAGAUGAUUGAUGAUACUGGAGUAUCAUAUAAGAGAGGUAAAAAGUGGAGGAAGUGUCUCUUGAGUAUGAAGCAAGAGGCUGCUGGGCUGACUAAAUUCAUGAUGUUAUGUUUCUCGUCAUUGUUUAAGGACCAGUUAACUAUCUCAUAUGAUAGUGGACUUUCUAAAUGCUUAUCCAUCCAAAAUCUUCAGAAAGACAAUGCAUGGGACCUUAAUGUUGGUGCUCUGGACCAAAAGACAUUACCAGCUGCAAUGUGGUUGAUUGCUUGUCAGCAUAUUGAUAUCUGGUGCAGACAUGCUUCUAAGAAAGACCUUAAGCAAUUUCUCACACAUUUGAUCAACUGUUCCCUUCUUAUUGGAAGUGGUGGUAACGACAAAUUUAGAUCACACUGCAUUAACAAGGUUGGCCAUCUGAGGAAUGUUACCACACAGCAAAUCUCGCUUGAACUUCUGAAUGACACUGGUCUCUAUGAACAAAAAUUUUUUCGCAGGCAUAUAGCAUCGACAUUUUGCCAGAUCUUGGAAGCAUCCUUGUCAUCUAUUUCUGUUGAUUUUGGAGAAGGUUAUCUAAGUUCACAACAUGAUUGGUCGGAAAUUAUACGCGCUCUUAGAAAUCCAUCUAACAUUAUUCAUGUCAAGAAGUCUGCGAAGAAUGCUGAAAUUUGCAGAAUAGAAGAUGUAGCUCCUUCCAGCAACACUGAGUAUGCUUUGUGUAACAGUUUGCUGAACUUUUUGUCUUGGAUGCCAAAAGAGAUUCUAGGUCCAAAAUCUUUCCAAUCGUUUGCGAAUUGCAUUCUCAAACUUGAGCAGGUUGCGGUUGGCAGCUUGUUAGGUUGGUACAACACCUUACUUGCAGGUGGUCAUGAUGAGUUUUUCCAACUGUUUCUCUCCUGUCGGAGGACCCUUAAAAGUUUAUUGAUGGCUUCAUGUGAAGAGAAUAUGGAUUACAAUCACUCUUCACUUAUUAGCUUACUAUUAGAGGGUUCAUCUCCUGUAUUAUGGCUUUUGGAGUCAUUGCUUGCAGUAGUUGGAUUUCAAAAUGCUUCUUCAGAAGCUGUUCCUUCUCAACUGAAAGAUUUGUUAUUUUCAUUGAUGGAUCACACAUCAUAUAUGUUUUUGACAGUGGGCAAAAACCGGUUGCAAAUUUCAUUGCUUUUUUCAGGGAUGGAUUAUAAUGGACAAGAUAAUUUUGCUGUUGGUAGUCAAGACACAGAUUUGGCUGAAGAUGAACCACAUUUAGAUUUUUGCAGAGACAAUGAUCCAUGUAAAAGUUUAGCACUUGUAGCCAAUGUUUUAAGCGAAUGCAUGCAGAACUCACUUGCAUGUUUUAGCCAAGCCUAUGCAAGUGAAAACUUGGGAGUUCUGCCUGAGUUUCAGGAGUUGAAGAAAUUGUCACCUGUGAUAUCUUGCAUUCAAGGCUUCCUAUGGGGUUUAGCUUCUGGGCUCGGCAACAUAGAUGCGGAGAAUUGUAAAAUGAGGAUAAGAUUGUCCAAAUGCGAAUUGGAACCUCUGUACAAACUAAAUAUCUUUAUAAAUACAUGUGCAGAAUAUGUAAGCUACUUCUUACAGCUAUUUCUUCUUGAGGAUGAUUCAUUGGCUCAAAAUCUAGCAAUUGCUCAAAAACUUGACCAGCCAGAAUUGGACCAUCUGUGUUUGGAAAAUGAAGAGGUGUUCAUUAAUAAAGGUGCUGAUGGUAAUGAUGUUUUGCAUGCGGAAAUGUCACAAGUUAGUGAACCUUUUGGUAACAGAGGAAAUAAUGAAGUACAUUAUAUUUCUGACAAAUCUGUAGUGAAAGGGAAGCCCAUUCCAAAAAAUGAAGAUGUUGAAUCUCUUCUAGCCAAGGUUCAAUUGUUUGAUUCAAGAUGUUUAAGGAAGACAUUUUUGCAUGAACUUAUCAGAGGUGACAAAUCAGAAGAGGCUUAUUUUCUUAAACAGCUAUUUCUUGCUGCUGCAGCUAUAUUGAGACUGAAGUUGGAGCUGGGUUCCACUGCUCUGUUGCAAAAUAUUAUGCCAAUUCUACUUGGAGUUUCUGAAGUCUUAUUACUGGAAUUUGCAAGAGAUGUUGCUCCACCUCCAUUUUCUUUUGUAUGGUUAAAUGGGGUUAUCAAAUUUAUGGAAGAAUUAGGUAAUUGUUUUCCUUCAUCCAGCCCUAUAUUAUCCAGGAAAUUGUAUGGGAAGCUGAUAGACUUGCAUUUGAGGUCUAUCGGAAAGUGCAUUGUUUUACAGGGAAAAAUAGCUACUCUUUCUUCAAAAGAGACUGGGUCAAGUAUGGAAAAGCCAAUUGAGUGGUUGAACUUUUCUGAGUCCUCCAUUUCUCACGAAUUGAGUUGCUUGGAUGACUUUAUAGCUAGACUGAGGACAUCAUUCAGAGUUCUGGUUCAGAAAUCAUCAGAGUUGCAUUUGUUAACAGCAAUUCAGGCUAUAGAAAGAGCUGUUGUGGGAGUGCAGGACGGCUGCUUGACAAACUAUGAAAUUCAUAUUGGCAGUUUGGGUUGUGGGAAGGUAUCUUCAGUUGUUGCUGCUGGCAUUGAUUGUUUGGAUUCACUUAUUGAAUUUGUGACAGGGCGCAAACGUCUGAACGUAGUAAAAAGACACAUCCAGAGCUUAGUUGCAUGUCUCUUCAACGUAGUCCUACACUUGCAGGGGCCCAGCAUUUUCCAAGGAAAUGUUAACUUUGAUGAAGGUUACACUGGUCCAGAUUCUGGGUCAGUCAUCCUUAUGUGCAUUGAGUUGCUGAGAAGGGUUACUGGAAAGCAUGCUCUCUUUCAAAUGGAUGCCUCCUAUGUUGGGCAGUCCUUAAACAUACCUGCAGCAUUAUUCCAAAAUCUCCUCCAGCUUCAACUCUCCGAUUCUUAUUCUUCAACUACUUCAAAAACCACAGAUACUUGCUCCCUAAAAAUCACAAGUGGCCGUAUCUUAGACGGAAGGUAUUCCUUGGACCUAUAUGCUGCAUGCUGCCGAUUAUUGUCCUCCCUUGUUAAGCAUCAUGGAAGUGAGACUCAGCGAUGCGCUGCUCUUCUCGAACACUCAGUCAGUAUUCUUCUUCAUUGCUUGGAGAUGGUGAAUAUCGAUCCAAUUGUGAGAGGAGGGAAUUUUGCAUGGGAAGUGCAAGAGGGUGUUAAAUGUGCCUGCUGUCUGAGAAGAGUAUAUGAAGAGAUAAGGCAGCAGAAGGAUAGCCUUGGUCGCUACUGUUUUCAAUUUUUAUCCUGUUACAUAUGGGUCUACUGUGGAUUUGGUCCUCUUAAAACCGGCAUCAGGAGGGAAAUUGAUGAAGCUUUGAGACCUGGUGUAUAUGCUCUAAUUGAUGCUUGUUCAGCAGAUCAGCUUCAGCACCUUCACACGGUAUUUGGAGAGGGUCCUUGCAGAAGCGCUCUGGCAAUCUUGCAGAAUGAUUACAAGUUAUAUUUCCAGUACGAAGGAAAAGUCUGAACUCAGGUUCUUCUGGUGGAAAAGGCUCGUAUAUUUGGACAAAGUGCUGUUCCUCGAGGGCUUGCUGGUUGGAUAAGCAAACAAAAUUUUGCUUUUACCUGUUCGUCAUUUUUUGUGUGUGUAUAUAUAUGUAGUUUCUAGCGUCCGCAGACAUUUAGGGGCCAAGACAGCAGCAUGCCUAAAUUCCGCUUGCUAGUGUCCUUGCAAGGACAUAUGGGCCUGAGGAGGCCCAAUGUUUUUUUAGAGUUGGUAGUUGGAUUCAUUCGUCAUUGGUUUCGAAUCAUUCCAAGUGGAUCUCUAAUCAGCACUGUUUGGUAAACCAAAUUUACAUUAACUUGCUAUUCAAAUACGCGCACGCACAAUUAUUACCUCCAA